AUGUCUUCCAUCGCCAGAGACGACAAGACCUCGCCGUCCUUUUUUCCCCUCGCCAGCGUAGCCCAGGACGGCUGGUCUACAGAAAAUGAAGCAACAGCAACAUGCUUCUGCGGCGCUGUUCAACUCUCAUUCAAGCAUCACAUUAACAACCCCAAUCAGCCAACCCAAGGCCCCGGUCUCGUCGACCGCUUCCUCUGCCACUGCGCCGACUGCCGCAAAAUCUCCUCAUCCAUGUUCUGCUCCAACUUCUCCGUCGCCGACAGCCACCUCCGCCACAUCCGCGGCAAAGAGACACUGAAAAUCUUUAGCCAGUCCCGCACGAUUGCGACGGGCAACGACAUGGCCAACCACUUUUGCGGGACCUGCGGCACCCUCAUGUACCGCGUCAGCUCCGGCCUGCCGGGGAUGAGCAUUCUGCGGCUCGGCACCGUGGACGAUUUCCGCCUCGUGGAGACCAAGCUGAAGCCGCAGGUCGAGCAGUUUAUCGAUACGCGCGCGUCUUGGGUCAAGCCGAUUGAGGGAGUCUUGCAGCUGGACCGGAUGCAUACUGACGAGGACAUUGAGAGUCUCUUGUAG